AUGCGUAUAUACGCCACUUGGCUUCAGGUUGUUCUUUCAUCACGAUGCUUCUAUCUUCCAAAUAUCGCACUGAGCGGUGGUACUUACGAUGAAUUCAAUGCAAAUGAUAUUAAGAGAUGUUGCAUAGCAUGUGCUCGGGAUCACUGCUGUCUUGGUUAUACGUUCAGUAAAGCAAGAAAGCGAUGUUAUUUGAAAUCAGCAAUGUCCGAUUCCGAAAUGAAUUAUGAAACAAUCAGUGGUUUAAAAGCGAAUACUCACUCAGGACAGGGUUCAUUUUUGAAAAACGUGAAGAUAGAGGGUGGCGCAGCAGCGGUAGUACGUUUUAGGAAACCCGAAGAAUGCCAGCAAUAUUGUACAGUUCAAGAUUUAGCCUAUGGCAUAUAUUCAUGGAGUCCACCAUCUCCGGAAGAGGAACAGGAAGAAGGACAUUGUGUAUGCAUGACUCGGAUCCAAUCACUUCAGUAUUCAUAUGGAUCCCGUUCUGCCAUAUUUCCACCUGUUGCAUCAAUUAGUUGA